UAUGUUGUGGUGAUUAAAACAAGUACUGUAAAGUACUAAAGGUGGAGUUUCUUAUGAAUACGGUGUAUCUAAAUUCGUUUUGCAUCCCCACUAUCUUCAUUAGGGAUGCUCAUCUGUAGCUCUUGCAUGUUUCAGUGAGUCUAUUUUGAGCUUUGUUGCUCCAGAGGAACUGCCUAGAUUGGCAGGGAAAUGUAGCUGAUGAUUCUUAAUCAUGAGGUAACUUUAAAAAUCAUUGCUGAGGUCCUGAACUGGCAGCAGAAGCCAUGUGGAACUGAUGAGAUGAUCUUAGCACGGAACUAACAGCUUGUGGCAUUCCCUUCUGCAGCUGACAUGGGGAUUGUCUCAUGCACAUCUGACUGUGGUUCUAAAUACGGUAUAUAAAGAUGAUGCAAGUACAAAAUGCUGACUGUGCUCUUAACUAAUAACUGCUUCAAAGCUAGUGCAUUCUUCUGAUGCCGUGGAACAAUUUAAGCUACUUUUUUGGGUUGGCAUAACAGUUGAAGUUCUUUAGUUUAGCACUCACCAGAUAGUGAAUUUGUGUGUAUGUUUGUGAAUCUUGAUGUAUUGAACGGUAUGUACUGUACUGCUAGCUCCCCUUUCAAGUCAGAAAGCUCUAGAAUCCUACACUUGAGGAGAAUAUAGUUGCAUUAUCUAGAUGGAUGUUUUCAUAUUCCCUCUGUAUGUUUGCAUUCUCUCUAAUUGCUAGACAUCCUUCUGAAUCUGUCUUUCUGUUUGUUUUCAUUGUAUCCUCUUGUUGGUGUACCUAGAAACAAAGCUUCACAGAAGAGGAGGCCUGAAAACUUUUUGCUGCGAGUAACACAGCAUGCAAAUUGCAAAACUAAAAUAUGGAGAAUGGUUUCUCUAUCUGAUGGAUCCAACAGAAGCCAAAUAAGCAUGAGAUGCCUACGUAACACAGAUUGUCAGGAAUUGUACUAAAUACUUCACUGCUGAAUGGGUUGCUCAGGUACCCUGCCUGUUUUGUUGCUAUGGGAGAUUGGAAGACUGUAACUGUGCCAGUGCUGUCAUCAGAUAGCAAAAAUAUAUUUCAAUAUACCUCAGAGAAAAAGAUAUCUCCUCCAAACAUGAACUCUCAAGUGCUACGCUUGCCACUGCCUUCAUCCAAAAGCAUGCACAGCUUUUUCAGUGCCUUCUGCACAGAAGAGAAUAUUGAACAGAGUAUAUCCUAUCUCAAUAGGGAAUUGACAACAUUGGGCUUUCCUUCUAUUUAUGCGGAGUCAAAAGGAAAGGAAUUAAACUUAAUAUCUAUCAUAAAUUGCAUGAAUGAAUUGCUUGUACUGCAGCACAAGAACCUUCGAGCUCAGGAAGAGGUAGAAAUGCAGCAUCUGAAACUGGGUAGUGAUAUGGAUCACUUACAGAACUGUUAUGCUAAAUUAAAGGAGCAGUUGGAGUUAUCUAAAAGGGAAAUAGUUGGCCUUCAGGAAAGAGACAGACAACUGCAAAGCAAGAACAGGAAUUUGCACCAGUUACUUAAAAAUGAAAAGGAUGAAGUUCAGAAGUUACAGAACAUAAUUUCAAGUAGAGCUACACAGUACAAUCAUGAUAUGAAGAGGAAAGAGAGAGAAUACAAUAAAUUAAAGGAACGCUUACAUCAAUUGGUCAUGAACAAAAAGGACAAAAAGAUAGCUAUGGAAGUUCUAAAUUAUGUUGGUAGAGCUGAUGGGAAGAGAGGUGCAUGGAGGACUGAUAAGACGGAAGCCAGAAAUGAAGAACAAAUGUACAAAGUUCUGCUAAAUGACUAUGAGCAGCGCCAAAAACAGCUUUUAUUGGAAAAUGCUGAGCUGAAAAAAGUUCUUCAGCAAAUGAAGAAAGAGAUUAUUUCACUUCUUCCACCUCAGAAACAAAAACCUAAAGAAAGGUCUGAAGAUGGGCCAGUACUUUCAGACUUGGAGGAGGACAUUGGAGAGUUAAAUAAAGAGAAUAUGUGGGAACUGUCUUGUGAAACUGUGCGAGAGCAGCUUACCAACAGCAUUAGAAAACAAUGGAGAAUGUUGAAAAAUCACGUUGAAAAGCUGGAUAACCAAGUGUCACGUGUGCAUUCAGGAACUUUGAAUGACAAAGAUGUAAUCUCAAGGGAAGACCACGAGCUGGAAACUGAAAAACUAGAGUUAGAAAUUCAGCAGUGUAAAGAAAUGAUCAAAACUCAGCAACAACUUUUACAGCAACAGCUUAUGUCUCCAUGUGAUGAUGACACCACUCUGUUACUUCAGGACUGCUAUUUGCUGGAAGAAAGAGAGCGUCUUCAGGAAGAAUGGAGACUAUUUCAAGAACAAAAAAAGAAUUUUGAGAAGGAACGAAGAAGUUUUACAGAAGCUGCUAUUAGAUUAGGACUAGAGAGAAAAGCAUUUGAAGAAGAUAGAGGAGCAUGGUUGAAGCAACAGUUCUUAAGUAUGUCUACUGAUUACAAGCAGUCUGAAAAUGUGACAACUCCAAGUGCCUUCAUAGGAACUUCUGACCAAGACAAUCGGGUAGUGAACUCGAUGUCUCAGCAAAAAAAACCUCACUGUAUGCUGAGUGGUCCUAUUUCAGCUGAAUCCUGCCAGACUUCUCAGUAUAUUUCACAUAACAGUUUCAAUGCUGCAUUAAAAAAACCUGCUGGGGACAGCAAGCCAAAUCAGUGGGAGGAAAGUGACAAGGAAGAAACCGAGUAAUACACAGACCCAGGAAGACUCUGAAGCUGGCACUCUGCUAUGUAGAAACUUGCACAUAGAACAACUGCCUUAGACUUCCUAGGGUUGCCUGCUGUUUUGUUAGAGAUGUUCAUAAACUUACUGUUCUAAAGUAUAUCAGGAUGCUGUGAGUUUGAUCAUUCUUCUGAAGGGUUAUGUGGUAAGCUGAGCUGUGAUGUGUAUGUAUGUGUGUGCACAUGACUUUUAAUUUUUUUUAGACCAUUUCUUGCCUCUUUUUCUUGCAACUCUUGAAAGAUGCUUAUUUAAAAGUAUAUUAAAGCUUUGAUAUUUUUCUAGUAACAGAAGCUGUGAUUCUGUGAAUGAAGCUAUGGUCUGAAAGUUUGGCUGUAAUGAAAUAUUGGAUCCUAAUGUUUCUUUUCAUCACAGGCAGAGAUAGCACUUUUAGAAAUGGUUUAAUUAUUGGAAACGCUCAUCUUGGGAAACAUCUCAAGCAUAACUGACAUUAAAACUUCUUUUGCCUCAACUUGAAUGUACAGUAUACUGUAGAUUUUUAACAAAACAAGUUCUAUAUUUAUUAAUUUGCGUGACUUGAAAAUACCUCUUUGAUAUUUCAGAUGACCUAAAGCGUGAAAUCUUUAUAUAUUUGUAAAUAGACCAAACGAUUAUGCUGAGAAACCAUGAAAUGAAAUGCAUACAUCCAUAAUAUUAUUUUACGUGGUAUUUUAAAUUGUUUUAUAGUGAUACUCUGUUUACAGAUGCAUUAGGACUUUCAGUGGUUCAGUCAGGAAUAAAAUUAUUUCAAGUGUAAAAAAUAAAUGUGUACGUCUGUUUUAA